AUGGGGAGAUUAAGAAGAUGUGGAUAUGUAGAUCGAGGUAGAUCUAUCUAUCUAUCUAUCUAUCUAUCUAUGUUAUGUUCAUAUCUAUCUAUCUAUCUAUCUAUUUCUCUCUCUCUCUCUCUUAUGUUUAUAUCUAUCUAUCUAUCUAUCUAUCUAUCUAUCUAUCUAUCUAUCUAUCUCUCUAUCUUAACAGGAAAGCAAGAAACUAUCUGUCUGUCUGAUUAUCUAUCUAUCUAUCUAUCUAUCUAUCUAUGUCUGUUUGUCUAUCUAUACAUCUAUCGCAUAAUGUUAUUGUUACAUUGGCGCCAAAUGCUGUUUUGUAUGCUUUCUAUCUUUCUGUCUUUCUUUGUCUUUCAUUUCUUUUUUUUUCUUUCUUUUUCCUUUUUCUUUUUUCUUUUUUUAUAUUGUUCUUUCUAUUUUCAUUCUUUAUUUCUUUUUCAUUUUCUUCUUUCCUUUUAUUAUUUAUUUUCUUUCUUUCUUUCUUUUUCCUUUUUCUUUUAUUCUUUUUCUUUUCUUUCUAUCUUUCUCUCUUUCUUUCUUUCUUUCUCUUUCAUUUCGAUUUUCUUUCUUUUUCCUUUUUCUUCUUUCGUUUUUCAUUUAUUUUCUUUCUUUCAUUUUUUUCUUUUUCCUUUUUAUUAUUUCUUUUUUCAUUUAUUUUCUUUUUCUUGCAAUUUUUCCUGCUUUUUCCUUUUUCUUCUUUCCUUAUCAUUUAUUUUCUUUCUUUCUUUCUUUCUUUAUUUCUUUCUUUUAUUCCUUUCCUUUUAUUUCUUUCAUUCUUUCUUCUAUCUUUCUUUCUAUCUUUCUUUCUUUGUCUUUCAUUCUAUUUUGCUUUCUUUUUCCUUUUUCUUUCUUUUUUCAUUUAUUUUCUUUCUUUCAUUGUCUUUAUUUUUCUUUCUUUUUCCUUUUUUUAAAGUUUUCUUUUUAUUUCUUUUUUCAAUCCUUCUUUCUUUCCUUCUUUCUUUCUUUUUCUUCUGCCAACUUUUUCUAAAUCAGGGGCCUGUUUUUUUCUGCACCAUUCGAGAUUUUAGUUGCGCAAACAAAACACGCGUUCAGAUUGUUGUUGUUGUUGUUGUUGUUGUAUCACACUUGUUUCAUUCUUUCUUUCUUUCUUUCUUUUCUAACCUUUUCCUUUUUUUCAUUCUUUCGUUCUUCGUUUAUUUCUCUUCCAUUCCUUUUUUGAUUUCUUUCUUUCUUUCUUUCUUUCUUUCUUUUUUCUUUCUUUCUUUCUUUCGCUCGUUCUUCCUUUCUUUCUCUUUCAUUCCUUUUUUGAUUUCUUUUUCUAUUUAUUUCCUUCUUUUUUCUUUCUUUCUCUUCCAUUCAUUCUUCCUUUUUUGA